GCGGUAGUUUCACGUCGGACAUAAAUAUGUGUCGGACCAUCGUACCCAACGAGGAAUAUCUGAGUACUGUAAAGCCCAAAAUACAUAAUUAUUAGGCUAUUUCGCAAAUAAUUAGACGUCGUUUGAGAAUGUGUGCCCUGAUGUAAUGAACAUUUAUAUUAUUUUGGAGGCGAACAUCCUGCAUUUGUCACAGAAGUUGUUUAUUAUCUGAGAAGAUGUUUGCCAGACCAAUCCGUGUUAAAUCCAAUACAGCAAUCAAAGGAUCAGACAGGAGAAAACUGAAAGCUGACCUGUCUACAGCCUUUCCUUCAUUGUCUGCUGAUGAGCUGUCUGAGCUGGUUCCCAACAAAGAGGAAUUGAAUGUAGUGAAGAUUUAUGCACAUAAGGGAGAUGCUGUGACCCUUUAUGUUCUUCACAAAAAUCCACUUUUCUUUGAACUGGAGAAACGCCUUUAUCCUACAGUAUAUGUUCUUUGGCGCUACCCUGCUCUCCUGCCAACAUUCAUGACAUGGCCUCCUGUGCUGCAGAAGAUGGUUGGAGGGGCAGAUCUCAUGCUGCCGGGUGUAGUGGUGCCUUCAAGUGGUCUCCCCGAUGUGAAACACGGUGACUACUGUUCUGUUACAUUAGUUAACAAUAGAGCUCCUGUUGCAGUUGGCACGGCUGCAGUUUCCACAGGAGAGAUGCACAGUUUGGGCAUGAAAGGAAGAGGAGUGUGUGUUCUGCACACGUACAUGGAUCAUCUCUGGGCUUUUGGAGAUAAGUCAGGUCCUCCUUCUUUACCAAAUGCAGAGUGUGAUGGACAAGAGGAGUACGAAGAGGAAUAUGAGGUUAAUGAGAUGGAAAUGGAGGAAGAGGAGGUGGUGGAAAAAUGUGUGGAGGAAGAGCAAUGUCCCGGUGAAACGGUCACAGAUCAAGCCUGCUCUGGUGUUGACGCACUAAGUCUGGCUGAGCAGGAGGAAGAGAAAGGGGACAAUGAGGAAGAGGAUGGUAACCAGGAUGACCAGAAAAUGCCACAAGAGACAAUGGAUGCCCUGCUGUUGCAGUGUUUUCUCCAUGCUCUCAAGAGCAAGGUGAAGAAGUCAGAGCUCCCCUUGCUGACCAGUACAUUUCUCCGGAACCACAUGUUCGCCUGCUGCCCAAGUGGAAAGCAAAUUGAUAUCAAGAAAUCCAGCUACAAAAAGCUGUCCAAGUUUCUACAGGCCAUGCAGAAGCAGCAUAACCUUGUGCGAAUGAAAGAACUGACAAAGGGUGUGGAGAGCAUUGUAGAGGUCGACUGGAAAAAUCGACAACUGCGUUCCUUCCAUGUUCCUGAAGAGACAGAAGGGGAGGUGGCUCCGGUGCAGGAUGAAGGGGAAGGAACAUCUCUGUACCAUCCUCCUGAGAUCACAACUAUGUACUCUGUGUCCUCUCGACUGGAGCCUCUGUUUCUCGAUGUACAGAAGAGGAAAGGAACAAUACUGCAGCCUGCUGAAGUGAAACAUCUUGUCACAGAGUAUGUUAAGAAAAAUGAACUGGUGGAUGAAAAUAAUAAGAACUACGUGACUGUUGACCCUAUUCUCUGUGACUGCUUGCUGGAGAGAUCGGAAUACCAGGAGAUCGGCUCCCUAAAGUGGGAUGACCUUUUUAGCAGGACGUUGGGAAGAAUGCAGGAGUGCUAUCAAAUUGUGUACCCUGGACAGAGACCCAUACAGAAGAAGGGCCACAUCGAGCCCAUAGACAUUGCUGUGUCUUCUCGAGGCUCCAAUAAGAAGGUGACUUUGAUAAAGAAUCUGGAAGUUUACGGUUUGGAUCCUGCGGUCGUGGCCACGGCUUUGCAGCACAGAGUUCAGGCCAGCUCUGUUUUACAACCCAUCCCCGGGUCCAAGGACAAAGUCCUGGUCCAGAUCCAAGGCAACCAGAUUCAUCAAGCUGGCAAUUUGCUGCUAGAUCAUUAUCAAAUUCCUCGCAAGUACAUUAAUGGACUAGAAAAAGCUCCGAAAGGUGGAAAGAAGAAGUAACAUUUCAACUUGCUAUACUAACCAUCUACUAUCUUUAUUGCUGCUUAACUGUAUGUCAACAUAACAACGACCAACUAUUGGCUAUUCAUGAACCGUUAGUAAAGCUGGUUUAUUGUAAUCUUUUGUGCGAUUAUUAUUGGCUCCCAGAGAUAUUGGAAAAAGGGUACUGAUGGGAUCAAUUAAACCUCACCAGCAUUGUUUCCCUGUGAAGUGAUUUGAGAAUUUCUGGAGAAAACUCCUCUACAAGGUUAAUAGAUCAGUAUAAUCAGAUAAGCAUUAAGUUAAACUAAUCAAUUGUUUAUACCCCAUUUACCGUUUUGGACAUUUGAUGGCAUUUUUAGACAUCUACAGACAGUGGAGAGAUGACAGACAGGAAGUGAGGGCUAGAUGGGCAACAACAUGUGAAAGCUUGAUGCAAACUGUGGUUUAUACCUGGGCUGGUAGGCCAACUACAAACACAUUUCAAGAUCUGUAGCUUUUGUUUUGUUUAAAACACUGCAGUCAACAAAGAAAUGUAAAUAAAAAAUUACGAAAGUAACAAACCUGUUUUAACCAAGCGAUUUUUCUGCUGUUAUUCUUAGAAUGCAAGGCAACGGCAUCAAACAUACGUAUUACAUAACCGCAUCAAAGUUGUUUUUGUAAGGGUUUUUCUUUUUUCUGAUGGAUAGAUAAACUAAGGCUCUGUGCAGUUAUACUGCUGAUGUUGAGGUCAGGCCUCUGGGGACCAGGCUAGUGUUCCAUCUGCACAUUGGCUUUCCAAGUCUUUAUCAUGUUAGUGGUUUUUUGGAUGAUGAUGUUGGGAGAAGAGUGCCAAUAUUUUCCCUGUAUGCAAUCCAGAUGUAUUUAUUGUGUAGAUCCUGAACAACCAUAGUCUAAGCAGGGGAUGGGGGAAGCAUAUUUCCCUCACUUUUUGAAAUCCUGGAGCAAGUGGUUAAAAUAAUGUGCAGACUUUUACUUAUUUUUUGUUUUAGCUUCGGCUGCCCUGCCUUUAGAUGGCGGUUGCUUUAUGCAGCCUCAAAAGAAUACAAGCUGUUUUUACUCCGUGCACCCCAAAUACUUUUUAUUUACAGUUAAUUUUCCUCAAAAUAUAUCAGCAAUUACGGAUUGUUGAGCCAUGAUACUUUACCGCCCCAAUCAAAUUGUACCUAUUGUAGAUUUGGUAAUAUUUUUGUGUUAAAAAAAAAUGGUGUGAUUAGUAAUGAUUGCAAUAAAUGAAGUAAUUUUA